AUGGCAGCCAGUCAACACAAGAUCGAGGUCUUGACAAACGAGGAUCAACUACUGUCAUGGACGGCAGCACAAUUUUCAUCCUUCGUCGGCACUGGCAACGUCCUACACGAUGUUCUUUUCCCACCAGUAACACCACCAACUCCAGCACAGGUUGAAGUCGCCGCAGAAAGACACAAAGCAGUUUUCAGAUCAAUACCCGAGAAUAGUAUCUUCAUUCAAAUCAGGGAUCCCUCCAAUGGCAAAAUCAUGGGUGGUGCAAACUGGGAAUUCUGGUCAAAGGAUCCCAAGCGCUCGCCGAAUGUGCCGGUGGACUGGAUAGACACCUCGACAGAUUACGGCAAACACGAGCAUGCUUUUGCACAGAAGGUCAUGGAUGAGUUCAUGGGCAGACGGGCUAGGGACAUGGCUAUGCCGCAUGGUCUAUUGCAUCUCUGCUAUACGGUGCCUGAGUAUGAGCGUAAAGGUGUUGCCACAGCACUUGUUGCUUGGGGUCUUGAGAGAGUGGAUAAGGAGGGCUGGACUGCAUUUACAGAAGCAAGUCCGAGGGGAUGGCCUGUGUAUGAAAGGCUCGGGUUUGAGAGGAUCGAAAGACUUGUUCUUAGAUAUGAUGACUUGGGGGAGUAUGCCAAAGGUCAAGGUGAUGUGAUUUGGACGUACAUGGUGAGGCCAGCUCGGAACAAGUCGUAG